CAUGUCCCUCAGUGGAUGUUGUCAUAGUUAUCAUGGCGGGCCUGGAGGUGCUGUACACCUGUGUGGGCCGCAGCGUCACCUGUCCUCAGGACGCCGUGGUGUGCUUCGUCCACUGGGAGAUGAUCAAGAGAGGCUUCCGGUGCAUCGGCUCCGGAGACGAGCCUCUCAGCACUGACCAGAAGUCCGAGCUGCUUCCUGCUGACUGGAGCAGCAACAAAGAGUUGUACAGUCUGCGAUAUACGUCCAAAGAUGGUGACUCGCAGCUGCUGCUCAAAGCCAUCGCUGUUGACUCCACCUUGAUCUUCAACCUGUUGAACUCCGUCACUCAGCAGGUGUCGGACCUGACCGUGAACAUCAGCGACCACGUGGACCCGGAUCAGUUGCACGCAUUCCACAGUGUGUUCAAGGAGGCAGACGGUCUGACGGAGAAGGUGAGGACUCAGCUGCUGCCCCCCCAAGGUGGACCAUCUGGGCAGAGGAAGAGUCUGAGGGAGGAAGAAGAAGAGGAGGAGCAGAGGAGGAGGAGAAGAGAGGACAGCGACCCCCUCCGCAUCCCAAACAGGCAGCCUCGUCACGGACCGCCCCCCCACUGGGUGGACCCCGUGGCUCCUCCCUUCUCAGCUGGAGGAGCAGACCUGGAUCCUUUUGGAACUCGUGGAGGCGGUGGGAUGAUCGUGGACCCGUUGAGGUCUGGUUUCCCUCGCUCCGGGUUUGACCCCUCCAGCGGGAUACCAGACAUUCUCCCUCCCGGAGCGGUUCCCCCGGGGGCUCGCUUUGAUCCGUUCGGACCCCCAGGACGCCACAGGCCCGGGCCGGAUCCGGACCACAUGCCCCCGCCUGGCUAUGACGACAUGUUCAUGUAGUACUUCCUGUCCUCCAUCCAAGCGGAGCCUGGAGGGAGUUGUCAUCUUCUCCUGAUUGAGUGUCCUGGAGCCAGAGGAACAUUCUCCUCUUUGUUCAUAACUAAUAAACUGGUGUAUAUAACUGGUACCUUCUCUUCCUGGUAGAGGUACAUCAGCAGGUGUUUCUUGAGAUUUUAUUGUCUCAUAAGUUAUUCAUAAAUAAAGUAUGAUAUGACACA